AUGUCUGCAUUCGGCGCCAAGAUCAACCGAGCCCUUAGCGGCGAGAGCGACAAGAACAGACCCAGAAACAGAGAAUCGUUCGCCAGCACACUCGUAGAGCCCCCUAGUGGCCCCACGACGGGUCGCAAGCCGCUGGCCUCAUUCGGCCGCGGCGGUCUAGGAAACAUCCGACCUCAACCCUCACCGCCCCUCCCACAUUCUCCUCCAGACGAAUCAGAGCCGCGAGGCAGAGAUCGCACCGUCAACCCUCACAUCCAACACCAAAAGCUCGUCUCCACCGGUCGUGGAGGUGCAGGGAAUUUCCGCACAGCGUCAAACUCACCGCACGACGACAUAAACAUAAUCAGGAAGCAGUCGAAAAGCAGCGACGGGGAAUCACGGUCAUCCGGCCGCGGGGGCUUGGGGAACAUUACUCGUAUUAGCGGAGCUCGUGAGCCCAGCAUGACCACCGCCAAAAUCUCUCCCCCCCGCUAA